UCAGUAUGGAGUGAACGUGCAAAACGAGAUUCAUGCAUAAUCACGUGAUGACUUUAGAGGGAUAAAUAACCGAAACUCUUCUAUUAUAGUCACUUUAUCGUGUUACAGUUGUUUCUGUGUUGUUGGAUCCUGUAAGGCGAAAAACAUUUUUCAGAAUGAAGACUGCUUAUUUCUUGGUUUUCUUGCUGGCCUUGACCUUCGUUCCUUAACACGUGGAUGGUUGGUUUUUUCGGUCCGUGCGCAGAAUUGGAUUCAAUGCCUAUCACACGCUAGGUUGUAUGGCGGCCUGCAAGUGGGCCAGGAGCUGGUCUGUAAGAGGAAGCGGACUCGAUGUGGGGACCGAUGCUGUAGAUCCAGCUGAGGAUGCCGAUGUGCCGACAGUUCUGUAUGAUCUGGAUGUGAACGGAGAUGGUGUUGUCGAGCUGAACGAGAUCGCUCACGUGACCGGCCUGAAAGUAACCAACCCAGUUUUAAUUAAAAGGUUCCACGCGGCAGAUUCGGAUGUCGCACCAUUCACUUGGAAACUGUCCGACGUCGCCUGGAGACAAACUUCUAGACGGAGCUCGGCGCUUACAGUGGUCCAGGAGACAUGUCCGGUGGACAAGGAAUCAUUGGGCCAACGUACUCUUCCGAUGAAUCGAGAUUCAAUUUGAGUAUAGCUGACGUUAUACGUGCUGAAACGUGUUUGGCGUCGACGCGGGUAAAGAUAUGCAGACUGUGUCAUGGAGCAUGACAGAUGGGGAAGUGUGCAUGUUUGGGCAGGUAUCGCCUCCAACUGCCGCACACCUUUUGUCAUUUUCCGACAUGCAGUUAAUGCACAACAAUACACCACAAUACAGAGAUGAAAUCUU